GCCAACAUCACUUGACGAUUACAUGCCGAGCGACGUCGCCCGCCGCCGCCGAAGCCCGCUCACGCCCGAGCAGCAAGAGCAGAGCCGGCAACGCUCGCGGCUCUACUACCUCAAGCACAAGGAAAAGGUCAUUGCCAAGGCCAAAGCGCGCUACGACGACAACCGCGACGACGAGCGCGCGCGCCGGCGCGAGGUCUACGCGAUCAAGAAGGCACGCCAGUCGAGCCCCGAGUCGUGUGCGGCCGAGGUCAUUCGAGAGCCAAGUAAUGCGCUCUCGAUCCAAUUUCUCCUCAACUAGCGUCGUCACCAAUCUUCUCCGUUGCGUACUGUGGUGUCGGGCGCUUUUUGAUACCAGUAUUAAUCAUGUAAAUGUUACUUGUCCAUCCAAUA